AUGGCUACGGAUUUCUCCUUCGUUCUGCCCUCUUCCAUUCCACAGGACCUUCAGCUCAUCCAAGAUAUCCUUGGUGACAUACCUAGGCCACCCACCCCUCAGAAGACCAAACAGGCGCCUCUUGAGCAAGUCUACUCCGACCAUGAGCAUGGGACCGACAGCGACACAGAUAGCGAAAAGGAGGUGGAGGCGGACAUCCUUGCUGAAUUAGAGGGAAACGAAAGCCCGCCUUCAGAGUCCACAAGCGACUCCAGCGAUUCUGACUCAGACUCCGAAGAAGCUGUAACGCAGAAAGCGAAACAAAUCAGGCCUGUUGAGGACGACGACGAAGAUGGAGAGCCUACAGUGGUCUCUGAGGCGCAAGUGCGGACGAAGAACGAGAUGGCAGAGCUCGAUGUCGUAAUCCCUGACAUUACGGAGGUUGGCCCGGACGAGCAACUGGAGAAGGUCGGCGAGGUCAUGAGCAUCGUCAAUAGUGUGGUCAUUGUCAAAGGUCUCCCCUCGGCGAUCGCGAAUCGAGGUUCGGAACGAGCUUUGGACUCCGACACACUCUUGGUCUUCGAGGAUCGGAAGGUCCUGGGAUACAUCUUUGAGACGUUCGGGCCAACUAGUGAACCACUAUAUCAGAUACGGUUCAACUCCAAGUAUCCCCUCGACGCCGAGAAGGUCCAGGUUGGCCGAGCUGUGUUCCACGUUCCCGCAAAGAGCAACUACGUUUUCGUUCAGCAGCUGAGAUACCUGAAAGGAAGUGACGCAAGCAACGUUCACGAUGAGGAGCCUGGAGAGGAUGAGCUUGAGUUCUCAGAUGAUGAGGCGGAGGCUGCCUAUAAACGGGCACGGGCUGAAAAGCGAGAACAACAACGCGGACGCUCUGGUUCCGUGGCCUUAUCACGACAUACGACACCUGCCCCGUCAAGGAUGCGAGACCAGGACAUGUCAGAGGACCCAUAUGGAGGGACAUCAUCCACAUAUGACCAUUCUCCAACCCUGUCGUACAACGACAUGGACUACGGUGCCGGACCCUCGCGACCGGCCCCUAUCCCGUACGACGACCCCUAUUCAGAUUCAUACGGCCUACCACCACCAGAACCUACUAGGGAGGCUGACAAGGUGUCGAACGCACCAGGCUCUCCCCCUGGUUCACCACGAGGGCCGGGACGCGGGCGGGGGAGGGGCAGUUUCCAACGACGCGAAGAUGGAGGGAGGGGUCGCGGUCGCGGUCGCGAUCGGCAUCACAACGACCGUGGUCGUGGCAGGGGACGAGGCCGCGGUCGUGGCGGAGACCAACGGCAGGGACCUGGAGGCUGGUCCGGUAGGCAGGGACCUUCCUCCGAAUUCGAACCUCAACAGCCUCGGUCUCUGUCCCCAGCCUCGCUCGCUAUUGCCCGAGCUACCGGUCAGUUUUCUGACGGUUCAGCUGGCGCUCCACAACAUGAUCCUAUAGGGGGUAUGGGCGGCGGCUGGAGCCACCCUCAGUAUCCUAUGCAGCAGAUGCAACAGCCGUUCGACUACUCAUUUGGCGGGUACCAGUAUCCUCCCGUACAGCCCCACAUCAACCCUCGCUUUGCUGCCAACUUCGGGAUGGUGGGCAUGGGCAUGGGUUACGGGGCAUAUGGUGGCCAGUCCGCACCUUACAGUCAAGACGCGUCAGGGUAUAGCGUCGGCAAUGGCUCGGGCGGAUGGAGUGGGGAAGAGCAGUGGGGACCUGCCUCGCAGGGCCCUCCGCAUCACGAAGGCGGAAACCAAAUUGCUUGACAUUCUACGCUAUCGCAUACAGAUUUGUUGUCUUUCAGCAUAUGUGUCUACUAUUUGUCUCGUACGCAUUCACUGUCUUGACGUUCAACCGUACGGCCUCAAGCGCUUGGCGUUGAGUAUUCAAUGGCGAUGGCCUCUUAACA